CUUUCGUUUUGAUAAAAAUAAUUUUCCAUCCUUCAUUGCUUUUCCCUCUCACUUUCUCAUUGGAGGGAAAACAUCCAAAAUUUUUCUCAGUCAGGGAGGAAUAUAGCUACUCAUUUCACUACUGAAGAAAUCUAGGGUUUUACUCUGUUCCUUCCGCUUAUUUUCCGAGCUGAUUCAUUCUAAUUUAGUUCUUUCUUAUGCUCGUUGAUUUGUUCUUUCCUGUUUAAAGAGAAGCCAGUGCGAAUGCGAUGCAUGUUGUGAGAGAUCAUUGCUUUUGAUUUCCGAAUCAGGAUAGUUGUUCUGGAACUGUAUUUGCUGCUUUGGUUACUCCCACAAAAGUCAACUGGGUUGUCCAACAUUCUUCUCAAAGUAGACAUGCAAACUAGGAAGAAAGCCUUCAGGCGAAAUGCUAAUAAAGAGUGUGGCAGUCCCAGGGUUUCAAGAGCACAAAGGAAGGUCUCUGAAAAUGUACGAGCAGCAGAAAAGAAAGUCACAGACUUAAUUACAUCAUCUGCUAGAAAGAGUAAACCUUUCGGCACUCUUGAGAAUAAAGCUGGAGAGCCCGGACACUCAACUGAUUUAAACAAUGAGUAUGACUUUAUGGAUAAUGGGAAUUCCAAUGCUUGUUUGGAAGAUGAUGCAGUGAAUGGAGCAGGAUUUGAUAUUUUGGGUUGUAACAAGCAAGCUGUUCAUCUGGAGUCUGGAACUAUAUUUUCUCCUGGGUUUCACUUAUCCAAAGGUUCUGGAGGAAAAGUUGUUGACAGAGUUGAUUUUGUCAAAAUUUUUCAGAACGAUGACCAAAAGAGAAUUUCUCCAGGUCAAGAAAUAGAGUUGCAACAGGAGGAUACAGUAGAUGUAGAUGGUCAUGUUAGUCAAGACUCUGACACUGCGAUGGAAGUAGAUGCAAACAAUUCAUCCGACUACCCUAAAUCUGGGAGAUAUGGUGAUCAGAUGCUUGCUUUAAACACAAAAAAUGUGAAUGGUUGCAAUUCUGAUUUUGACGGAAAUGGUCUUUCCUUGGAAGUUUCUGCCAUAUAUCUUGCCAUGAAAAACUCAAAGCUGGAAUGUGUUGAUGAGCACGGUCAGGAUUCCAUGUCUUCUGAUAUGUGCCCAGAGGAUGAAGAAUUUGAAGAUUUUGAUGACUUUGACCCAUACUUAUUCAUAAAGACCUUACCAGACUUGUCUACUGUGGUUCCAACUUUUAGACGAUUGUUGCUACCUAAGCAGACACGGAGUUGCCCGUCUACCACCCUUGUCCUGGACUUGGAUGAAACUUUGGUGCAUUCUUCCCUGGAACCAUGUGAGGAUGUAGACUUCACUUUUCCUGUUAAUUUCAAUUGUGAGGAGCACAUUGUCUUUGUACGCUGCCGCCCUCACCUCAAAGAUUUCCUUGAGAGAGUUUCUGGUCUUUUUGAGAUUAUUAUAUUUACAGCUAGUCAAAGUAUUUAUGCUGAGCAACUUCUAAAUGUGCUUGAUCCAAAGCGGAAGAUAUUUCGCCACCGUGUAUACCGUGAAUCCUGUGUUUAUGUGGAGGGGAAUUACCUCAAAGAUUUAACAGUGCUUGGUCGUGACUUGGCGCAUGUUAUAAUAAUUGACAAUUCCCCACAGGCAUUUGGAUUCCAAGUGGAUAAUGGAAUACCGAUUGAGAGUUGGUUUGAUGAUCGUUCAGACCAAGAAUUGCUUUUAUUACUUCCGUUCUUGGAGAGCUUGGUUGGAGUUGAUGAUGUCCGGCCACUAAUUGCAAAGAAAUUCAACUUGCGGGAGAAAAUUGCUGCAGCUGUGCAUCCUCUAAAUACAAAUAGAAGAGAUUUCUUAUCAGAAUGAAUUGUGGGUUAUACAAUAUUGACGAAAGGAGGCAACUUUUGUAUCUUAUAGCAUUCUUGGAUUAUGAUUUAACAUUAGCAUUCUCUGUUGCUGAAGUUGUAAUGAUAUACACUGAACCAACAAAAAGGAAGGGGAAGAUAUAAGAGUGUGAGCAUGUGUGGAGAGUAGAAACCGUUUUUCUAUACAAGAUGACUUGUGCGGAUGGUUGGUUACUGUCCUGUUAAUAAAAAUUCCCCAAUUAGUUUUGUUUAACC